ACAACACCCCCAGCACACGCCCUACCUACAACACCAUCCCGCCACCCCAACACACACGCCAAAAUGGCCAAAGGACUCCGCUCCAGCAGCAUCAAGACGAACCGCAAGAAGCUCCGCUCCCGCGUCUUCGCCCCGGUCGAAGUAGCCCGCACCGAGCGACUCUCCGCGAAGCUCCUCGAGCUCGCGUCCCAACCACGACCCGCCAAAGCCGAGAUGGAGAUUGACGCAGAUGAGGUGCCCAAGGACGCCGACGCGUCCAAGGACCAGCAGGCAGAAGGUUUGUCACCCUGCAUUUCUUGGUCCCUCCCGCGCUCGCUGUCUUCAGACGGCGCCGAGACACCCCCCGAGAGCCCCCAGGAGAAGCAGGAGGCGCAGUUUGACGAGGAUAUAUUCUAUAACCUUCUCGGCGUUUCGUCUGAUAUUGUCGGGUUUGAUAUUCGGGGAGAUUUGCGUCUAGCUUUUGAUCAGAUGGAGAUCGAUGGUGCCACGAAGCCCGCCGCCUCCGCCUCUUCGAAACGAAAGAAGCCCCAGAAUCGGCACAAGGUUCGCGGCAAGCCGCAAUCGACGUUGACGUUUUCGAAGUCCCAGCUGAAGAGAGGCGUCAAGACGGGUGGCGUCAAGAAGAGGAGGGUGCGGAAUUGA